AGAGCAGAAUCAUCAAUCCCCAGUUUCUAAGACCAACCCAUCUAAGAAGUUGCUUCAUUUUCUUCCCCAGUCUCAGAGUAAGCCCUCAAAGUAAUUCACUCCACAUUGUUUCUCAAUCAGAAGAAAGCUACUCUUAUUCAUCAAUGGAAAAUCAGAAAAGCCUGGCCCUUUCACCUUCUGAACCAGAGAAAUAUUCUAGAGAAUUGGAUGUUGCUGUCAGGGCUGUCCAGAUGGCCUGUUCUCUUUGUCAAAAAGUGCAGGAUAACUUGAUUUCUAAGACCAACAAUCAAAUUCAAUCCAAAGAUGGUAAUUCUGCUGUCAUAGUUGCAGAUUGGAGUGUCCAAGCGAUAGUAAGCUGGGUACUAUCUGAAUCCUUUGGGAGUAAAAAUGUGUCCAUUGUUGCUGAAGAAGAUGUCCAGAGUCUCUCCAAGGCUGAUUCAGCUGGUCUGUUAGAAGUAGUGGUGAAAACAGUGAAUGAUUGUCUACACGAAGCGCCUCGUUUUGGACUUGAAGGUCCAGAGACUCCCCUUUUGAGUUCAGAUGUUCUUGAAGCAAUUAGUCGAUGCAACUCAACUGGAGGCCCUACUGGAAGGUUUUGGGCACUUGACCCCGUUAAUGGAACAUUGGGAUUUGUACAGGGGGACCAAUAUGCUGUGGCUCUGGCACUGAUAGAAGAUGGAGAAGUGGUGCUUGGGGUUCUUGGUUGCCCAAAUUAUCCAAUGAAGAAGGAAUGGCUAAGUUACCAUUACCGCUACCAUAGAAUUAUUUCUCAACUUACCCCAACAACAUCCGAAUCUUGGGACAAAGGUUGUGUGCUUUAUGCCAGGAGUGGCAGUGGUGAGGCCUGGAUGCAACCUUUACACAAGAAAAACAAUAUGCUAAUAUGGCCAAAUUCUGCAAUACAAGUUCAAGUAUCCUCCAUUGAUAAUCCAGCAUUGGCGACAUUCUGUGUUGAGAAAUCAAAUUCAACUUCAAGCCACUCCUUCACAGCAGGACUGGCCCACAGUGUUGGCCUUGGGAAACAACCUCUACGCGUACACAGCAUGGUUAAAUAUGCAGCCAUAGCUCGUGAUGAUGCUGAAAUAUUCAUGAAAUUUGCAAGGACUGGAUAUAAGGAGAAGAUAUGGGAUCAUGCAGCUGGGGUUGUCAUCAUACAGGAGGCUGGUGGUGUGGUAACUGAUGCAGGAGGCUCUCCUCUGGACUUCUCAAAAGGCAUAUACUUGGAAGGUCUUGAUCGGGGUAUAGUUGCCAGUGCUGGACCCAAACUACAUGAAAAAAUCAUCAGAGACAUUGAUGCUAGCUGGAAUUCGUCCUGUCUAUAGUUAUUUUGCCCAGUAACAUCAGUCAUAAGCAAAGAACAUUACUUCACUGGACAGACUAGAGAGUAAUGCUGGUUUUAUAUAGUAUCUUGUGUUUUAAUCUUCUUUUCUUGUUUAUAGUGCUCAAGUUAUCAUCCUGCAGGACCAUCGUUUUUCUCUGUAAAGCUUCAUUUUCUCCCUAAAAUAAUGUUUCAUUCUACCG